GGAAGGACCAAGUGAAAACGAGUAAACGGGAGAAAAAUUUAAACACUGAAUCAGAUAAGAGUUGAAGUGGAAUAUUUAGCAUUGUGAUUUAGUGAUAAUUAACCUGCGGUCGGAGCCUGGAGAGUUUGGAGUCGUUCCGUUAAAACGCGAUCGAGCGAUGGGUCGCUGUUACGCACCCACAAUUACGAUCGCACUGUUGCUAUCCGUGGCGAUAGCUUCGGUCCGGUCGGAACUCACGCCACCUUAUUUCAAUCUCGCCGAGGGACGUAAAAUCACUGCAUCGGCCACUUGCGGUGUAGACACUGACGGUGCCGAGUUGUAUUGCAAGCUGGUUGGAGCAAAUACCGAAAACGAUCAUCUUAAUCAAUACUCUGUUAUUCAAGGACAGGUUUGUGAUGUGUGUGAUCCGAGCGUUCCAGAUAAGAGCCACCCGGCCGAGUAUGCCAUCGAUGGAACAGAAAAUUGGUGGCAGAGUCCUCCACUCUCGCGUGGCAUGAAAUAUAAUGAGGUCAACCUUACUAUCGACUUUGGACAGGAGUUUCAUGUGGCGUAUUUGUUCAUUCGUAUGGGGAACUCACCCCGACCUGGCCUGUGGACACUGGAAAAGUCUAUCGAUUAUGGUAAAACAUGGCUUCCAUGGCAACAUUUUUCGGAUUCUCCAUCUGAUUGCGAGACAUAUUUCGGAGCCGAAAGUCUACGUCCCAUAACUAGUGAUGAUGAUGUUAUUUGCACCACUGAGUACUCAAAAAUUGUGCCACUAGAAAAUGGUGAGAUUCCCGUUAUGCUUCUGAAUAACCGUCCAUCAGCCAACAACUAUUUUAAUUCGACAACGCUGCAGGAAUGGACUCGUGCAACUAAUGUAAGAAUUCGUCUUCUUCGUACAAAGAAUUUACUGGGACAUCUUAUGUCUGUUGCGCGACAAGAUCCAACAGUGACCAGACGAUACUUUUACUCAAUUAAGGAUAUUUCGAUCGGUGGUCGCUGCAUGUGUAACGGUCAUGCAAAUACUUGUAACGUCUUAGAUCCACGAUCACCAACGAGAAUCUUAGCCUGUCAGUGUCAACACAAUACCUGUGGUAUUCAAUGUAAUGAGUGUUGUCCAGGCUUUGAGCAAAAGAAAUGGCGGCAAAAUACAAAUGCUAGACCAUUCCAAUGUGAAGCCUGUAAUUGUCAUGGACAUUCAAAUGAAUGUACAUAUUCGGAAGAGAUUGACGAACAACGACUUUCCUUGGAUAUUCAUGGUUUCUAUGAGGGCGGUGGUGUUUGUCAAAAUUGUCAAGAUAAUACCGAGGGUAUUAACUGCAACAAGUGCAAGAAUACCUUUUAUCGGCCAUAUGGAAAAUAUUGGAAUGAAACUGAUGUAUGCCAGCCAUGCAACUGCAAUCACUUCUAUUCAACCGGAAAUUGUGAAGAGGAGACAGGACAUUGUGAAUGUCGACGUGAAUUCAAUCCUCCGAAUUGUGAUUCCUGUUCGUACGGGCAUUUCGGUUAUCCCAAUUGUCGCCCAUGCGAGUGCAACCUAAACGGCACGAUCGGAUAUCAUUGCGAAGCUGUGAAUGGAGAAUGUCCCUGCAAACCAAACUUUGGUGGGGCACACUGCAGGCAAUGUGCGGAAGGCUAUUACGACUUUCCGGAAUGCGAACCUUGUGGGUGUAAUGAGAUCGGGUCAGUAAGUCACGUUUGUAGCUAUGAGUCGGGUCAAUGUCAGUGUAAGCCGAACUUCGCUGGUCAACACUGUGAUAAGUGCAAGGAUGGGUUCUUCAACUACCCGACAUGCUCAUAUUGCAACUGUGACGUUCGAGGAACACAAGAAGAGGUUUGCGACAAAGGAAAUGGAAAGUGUCUGUGCCGGGAAGGUUAUGGGGGUCCACGUUGUGACCAGUGUAUUGCAGGUUAUUACAACUACCCAGAUUGUGUACCGUGCAAUUGUUCUGGAGCUGGAAGUGUAUCCACAGUUUGUGACAUAACCGGAAAAUGUGCAUGUUUACCAAAUUUCUCUGGGCGACAAUGCACAAUGUGUCAACCAGGGUAUUAUCAAUAUCCCGAAUGCUUACCGUGUAACUGUAAUGCUCACGGAUCAAUUGGAUUGUCUUGUAAUAAUGAGGGUCAAUGCCAGUGCGCUGAUAACUUUGAUGGUAAAACAUGCAACCAAUGCAAAGAAGGAUUUUACAAUUUUCCUGCAUGUGAGGAGUGUAAUUGUGACCCAGCUGGAGUAAUUGCAAAGUUCGCUGGAUGUGGAUCUGUACCUGCUGGAGAGUUGUGUCAAUGUAAAGAACGUGUUCAAGGAAGAAUUUGUGACAAGUGCCGACCUCUAUACUGGAAUUUGAAUGCAAGCAACCCUCAUGGGUGUGAAGAUUGUGAAUGCUUCAUUGAUGGUACAAUUGGCGCAUUAGACACAUGUGAUACUAAAACCGGUCAGUGUGCUUGUAAACCAUCUGUAACUGGUCGUCAGUGCUCUGAUUGCAAAGACGGCACUUUUGACUUAUUUGGGGCAAGCUUAUUCGGUUGCAAGGAUUGUGGUUGUGAUAUAGGAGGUGCAGCUGAUGAUAUUUGUAACAAAGAGACUGGUCAGUGCAAGUGCCACCCAAGGAUUUCUGGGAGAACUUGCACGUAUCCGUUGACUACCCAUUAUUUUCCUACACUAUAUCAGUUCCAGUUUGAAUACGAGGAUGGAUAUACUCCUUCCGGAGCACAAGUACGUUAUCAAUUUCACGAGGAUGUGUUUCCUGAUUUUAGUAAACGUGGUUACGCAGUUUUCUCUGGUCUUCAAAAUGAAGUUAUCAAUGAGGUUAGCAUAAAGAAAUCUUCGGUGUAUCGUCUCGUAAUUCGCUAUAAAAAUCCAACGCAAGAUAACGUGAUUGCUCAGAUUUUGAUUACGCCGGACAAUCCAACGGAGUUAGAGCAAAAAGCGAAAGUUCUUUUUAAACCUAAUGGUCAGCCCGAGUUCGUUACUGUAUCUGGAGCAAAAGGUGAGAUUCCUUCUCCUGUUGUUUUGGAUCCAGGUCGAUAUACAAUCAGCAUCAAAACCGAUAAAAAUGUGUUUUUGGAUUACUUCGUGCUGCUUCCUGCUGCGUAUUAUGAAGCCCCACUGUUGACUAAGAAAAUCGAAACACCUUGUGAGAUAAAUGAUCGAGGCCUGUGUCGGCACUACAAAUAUCCAAAUAUUAUUGAAUUUAAACCACAAGUCGAAGCCUAUGUUGCUGAGGGUGAUGAAUCAUUCAAACCAGGAGAGUACUUCAAAGAUUAUGAACAUCUGGAUGUCAUAAAAGAAGAAAAUCUUCCGUUGCUUACUGUUGAUCAAAAUGAACUCAACUAUAUACUGGAUGUUCCACGACCUGGUAGAUAUGUUUUGGUGGUUGACUAUAUUACUAAUCGGAACUAUCCCGAAAUUUCCGUUCUGCAAAUCAACCAAAUUGGAGAUAUUGAGCAAGACGGCACAGUGACAGCUUAUCCAUGCACAUACACCACAAUUUGUCGCCAGCCGGUUAUUGAUAAAGAGUCUCGUGAAAAAGUAUUCUAUAUAGACUCGAACAACAGAAAACCAAUUACCGUCUCGAGUCAAGAACCAAAUGGGGCAGUCGCGAUAACAUCUAUCACUGCAAUUCCAUAUGAAGAAUGGUCAAUUGACUACAUCAGUCCCAGCCCGGUUUGUGUGAUGGAAAAUGAAAAAUGUGUGCUGACAACUUAUCGUACUGCCCCGGACUCUAAGAAGAUAGAAUUUGAAACUGAUAACGAAGACCGUAUUGCCGAAACCAAUCCAAGUGAUUUGUUUGAUAAUGCGACCAAGCUGAUUUAUCUAGAUAAGGAUGAGCAGCCGUUAAAUAUCAAAACAAAAGUUCCUAACAACCAACGUUAUGUAGUGAUUGUGAAAUUCUACCAACCGAACCAUCCGACGUUCAAUAUUCAAUAUCACAUUGAAGCGGAUCGACAGAACUAUGAUGGCAAGCUACACCUGAGACAUUGUCCAGCCAAUUCUGGAUGUCGCGAGAUUCUUAGGCAAGACAACGGCAUGAUUUGGUUUGACUUGGAAGAUACGUUUGAUUUAACUUUGUUGAGUGGAGUUACCAAAGGCGUAUGGUUGGAUUAUAUUUUAUUGGUACCAGCGGAUCAGUUCUAUGACGAUUUGCUGCAGGAGGAGACUUUUGAUCAAACUAAGGAAUUUAUUCAGAAGUGCGGGCAGGAUCAUUUUCAUAUUCAAUUGAAUGCAAGCGAAUUUUGCAAACAAGCUGUAUUUUCGCUAACGGCGGAUUACAAUAGCGGAGCUUUGCCUUGUAACUGCGACUAUUAUGGUUCCACUAGUUUUGAAUGUGAACAAUUUGGAGGUCAGUGCCAAUGCAAACCUUUUAUUAUAGGACGACAGUGCGAAGCAUGUAAGACAGGUUAUUAUGGAUUCCCGGAUUGUAAGCCAUGUGAUUGCCCAUCAACGGCUCUAUGCCAAAAAGAUACUGGCGAAUGCAUUUGUCCAGACCGGGUUACUGGCGAAAAAUGUGACCAAUGUAUGCCCUUCACUUUUGGUUACGAUCAGAUCAUUGGAUGUGAAGAAUGUAACUGCAAUCCCUUGGGUGUAGCAAACAACAAUCUUCAAUGUGAUCUUGAAAGUGGAGAGUGCGAAUGCAAAUCCAACGUAGUGGAUAGAGCUUGCGACCGUUGUCAGUAUGGAUUCUUCAACUUUCCAUAUUGCGAACCCUGCAAAUGUGAUAUCCGUGGAACAACAUUUGAGAUUUGUGAUCAAACUGACGAGACGUGCUUCUGUAAGAAAAAUGUACAAGGCCGGGAAUGUAGUCAGUGUGUUGAUGGAACAUAUAAUUUGCAAGCUGCGAAUCCAGAAGGAUGCACAAAAUGUUUUUGCUUUGGACAUACCACGUUAUGCGAAACAGCUUUCCUUAGACCAUUCAACGUCAGUAUGAUGAAAGAUGUUUCUUUGAAUACUAUUAAAUUGUCAGGAGGAAAACCAAUUAUCUCGCCGUGGCUUGUAGAUGGCGAUAUUAUGAUUAAUGAAACCUCGGCAGAGGUAGCACUUAGCGACGUGGAUAACGAGGAGCUGCUUUCUGGUUUAGCAUAUUUUGGUAUGCUGGAUCACCUUCUGGAUUUGAACAGCCACAUAACUGCAUAUGGUGGUUACUUAACAUACAAAAUAUACUACACUAACGGUCUCUUUGGAAGUUCGCUGAUAGGACCUGAUGUCAUUUUAGAAGGAAAGAAUAUGGUGAUUACUCAUCAGAGCAUUGAACAACCGGCUUCAAAUACUUUAUUCAGUGGACGAGUUCAAAUGGUGGAAUCCAGUUUUCAAACAGCUUCUGGUGGACCCAUUUCACGCGAACAGUUUAUGAUGAUUCUACGUGAUUUGAAGGCGAUCUACAUUCGAGCUUCUUACUGGGAGAAUGGUCUAUCAACAGUCGUUUCGGAUGUCAGUUUAACUAUGGCCCACGAUGAUCCUGGUCAUUAUGACAUGUAUGAAGAAUUAGCUGUUGAACGAUGCACUUGUCCGCCAGGAUACACAGGACUGUCAUGUGAAGAUUGUGCUCCUGGCUAUUACCGUGAUCCUAAUGGCCCAUACGGAGGGUACUGCAUUCCUUGUCAGUGUAACGGACACGCGGAAACUUGUGAUUGUAAUACUGGAAUAUGUAACGCUUGUCAGCACUACACUACUGGAGAGCAUUGUGAUCAGUGCAUUGAGGGCUAUUAUGGUAACGCGACUCGAGGAUCUCCUAAUGAUUGCAUGAUUUGCGCUUGUCCGCUGCCGAUCGAAUCGAAUAAUUUUGCUACUUCAUGUGAAGUUUCUGAGGAUGGAUAUGAAAUUCAUUGCGAGUGCAAGCCGGGUUACACAGGAGAAAAGUGUCAGAGUUGCGCAUCGGGAUUUUUCGGUCAACCGGAUAUUGAGGGCGAGGUCUGUAGGCCUUGUGAUUGUUCAGGUAAUAUAAAUCCAGACGAACCAGGUUCCUGUGACUCCGUAUCGGGCGAAUGUCUGCUUUGUUUAAACAACACGUACGGACGUGCUUGCAACCUUUGUGCUCCUGGCUUCUACGGUGAUGCUGUACAACUGAAGGAUUGUCAAAGCUGUAUUUGUGAUACUUUGGGCACGGAGCAUUGCGAUAACUUUGUUGGUACAUGUAACUGUCACAUGAACGUGAUUGGUGAAAAAUGCGAUCGAUGUGAAGAUGAUCACUAUGGGUUCGAAUCCGGCCAUGGUUGCAAUGCUUGUGAUUGUGGUAUUGCUUCUAAUAGUACACAAUGUGAUGAUCAUAGCGGAAAAUGUGCAUGUAAGCCUGGCGUUACUGGACGACAGUGUGAUCGUUGCGAACCUGGUUAUUGGAAUUAUACUGAGGACGGUUGUGUGCCAUGUUCAUGUAACACCGAUUACUCCAGAGGAUUAGGAUGUAAUGCUCAAACUGGUCAAUGUGAAUGUUUGUCUGGUGUUGUAGGAGAAAAAUGUGACUCGUGUCCCUACAGGUGGGUUUUGAUUCCUGAUACAGGCUGUCAAGUUUGUGAUGGUUGUCAUCAUGCUUUACUGGAUGUAACGGAUGCUUUAAAAGAAUUAAUUGACCCUGUGUUGCAUGAUAUUGAAACAGUGGCUGAUGAUUACUAUACAUCACAAAAAUUGAAUUAUUUCAACGAUCUAGUUGAUAAAAUUGAACCUGCGGUUCGUAAGUUGGAUCCUCAUGGUGUUAAUUUGAACCCAUCACGUCAGCAAGUAGAGUCAUUAGAAAUGGAUGUGAAAAAUUUGGAUCGCCGUAUUCAGUAUGCAGAUCAAAACACUAACGAUCUGUCGACAAGAAGUGAACAAUUACUUACAGCUUCUUCAAAUAUUAAAGAUUCAUGUAGAUUUGCGAAUAUCAACACCAAUAAUGCCAUUAGCGAAGUAGAAAAAUUGGCGGAAAAUCUGGGCAAAUCAGAAACAAACAAAUUGGAUCAAGCGUACGCUGAAGCAGUUAAUUAUCUUGAUUUGAUUAAACAAUAUUCAGCUACACCGGGAAGCUUAAAUGUACAGCUAGAAAAUGCAACUGAACUAUUGGCGAAAGUUGACCAAUUUGCCCGUCCAGUACAGGAACAACAUGACAGACUUAACAAAUUGUUAUACAAUAUUGGCGAAUACGAUGUUAAACUGGAGGACUUAUAUAAUUGGAGUUUGAAAAUAGAAGAUGAGAGUCGUCUUACGGCGAAGCUAAACAAUAAGAAUAAGGGUACCUUGGAUUCAAAGUUUGAUACUGUAUCAGCUCAUUCAAAGGAAGCUCUGGAUAAUAUAGAGAAUGCCAAAAAAUUGAUUGAUAAUUCUUCAAAGCUUAGCUUAGAUAUUUACACAACUCAUAAUGAGCUAGAUAUUGCAAAUUCGGAACUGAAGCAGCUGAAUUCCAAAGUUGACAAAGAUUUACCUGAGCAAGAGAGGAAAUACCAGGACUUAUCAAAUAGCAUUCAGGAAGCGAUUGAGUAUGCCGCAAAUCUUAAAGAUGAGUCUCAACGUCUUACUGCCAAUUAUUCAAAUGUUACGGCCAAUUCAGAAACAGCAUUAAAGGCAGCGACUGCUUACUCGAAAAUUGCCUCCGCUAUCAAUGCAGCUAGCGAAAAUAUAGAAAAUACACAACAGCUGGCGAAUAACGCUACAGAAUUAACUUCCGGAAUCGAACAACGGGCAGGAGUAUCCGAUAGAGAUUCUAGAGAGUUAUUAAAUGAUGCCAUGCGAUCGCUACACUCAUUGCAAACAGAUCUAGAACCGCAUAUUAAUAAAUCCGUAUCAACAGUAGAUUAUAUAAAAAAUAGUAAUCAGCUAAGCGAUGAUGCAUUAUACUCAAUCAAUCAAUCGUUGGAUGGAAUAUCCGAAGAAUCAUUUACUAACACUUGGGAAAAUGCUAGAGAUCAAGCAAUCGAUGCAUUGAAUGAUUCACAAAAUGCGCUGAAAAUUCUAGAUCCUAUUAUAACCGACCUGCCGAAAAGUGUAUACGCGGCAGAACAGUUGCCGAAGGAUAUCGAUAGAACUAAUAAGGACAUUCAGCACGCUGGUAGCCAGAUUGAACAAUAUAAGAAAAUGAUUCCUAAAGUUGAAAUACUCGUUAAUGAAGUAGAAGAUAAGCAAAAUAAGAUUGAUUCGAUAGUAAGUGACGUAGGCGACAGAUUAGAAUCGCUGAAAAAGCAAAUUGCCAGUGCUAGGGCGUUGGCAAACAGCAUAAAGUUUGGAAUGACCUUCCAUCCAAAUACAACACUCGAGAUUAAACCACCGGAAGUCCUUUCACAGAUGGCCACGAACUCUACUGUGUCAGCCUAUUUCAAGACCAAUAAACCCGAAGGUUUUCUAUUUUAUGUAGGUAAUGAGGUGAAACCAGAUGCUAAGAAAACAUCACGAGACGACUAUAUGGCAUUGGAGAUUGAAAAUGGUUACCCGGUGUUAUCGAUUGAUUUGGGUAAUGAUCCUGAAAAGGUCAUCAAUCCGAAGUAUGUGGCGGAUGAUAAGUGGUAUCAAGCUAUUAUCGACAGGAGUGGAAAUAACGUUAAGCUCACUAUUAGAGAAGAAUUAGAAAAUGGCACUGAGAUGAUUCAUCCGAAGGAGCAAAUACUACCGGGUGCUUACAAUGUAUUUAAUGUUGAUCAAAAUAGCAAACUCUUUGUAGGUGGCUAUCCAGUAGAUUACAAUAUGCCGAAUGACGUUAAGUCAGGUGAAUUCAAUGGUCAGAUUCAGAACUUACAAAUAGGAGGUGAGCAUGUUGGUUUGUGGAACUUUGUUGAUGCUCAAAAUGUGCAUGGUGGUAUUGAACGAGACAAGUUGCUAGACGAAGAUAAGCCCACAACUGGAUUUAGAUUUGGUGGUAAUGGAUAUGUCAUGGUAGAUGCCAAAUCGUAUUCGUUUAGGCAUCGUUCGCAUAUUCAGUUCCGAUUCAAAGCAUCCCAAGACGCACAGGAUGGGUUGUUAUUCUAUGCUGGAAGAAAUCGUCAUUUCAUAUCCGUUGAGAUGAAGCAAGGAGCAAUUGUAUUCCAGUUCAAGUUGGGUCAACACGCUGAAGCAGUUACGAUUGGCUCAAGCGGAUCAUUUAACGACGAUAAUUGGCAUAUAGUUUCUGCUGAACGGGAUGGUGCAACCGGUAAGCUUACCGUCGAUGGUAAUGUGGUUUAUCAGGAAACAUCCAAUGUGAACUUCCCGGGAACGGUUGAACCAUUAAAGAUCUCGGAAUCAAUGUUCUUCGGAGGCUAUCCUGGCAAGAUAAAUCAUACUGAAGUAACCACUAAAGGAUUCGAUGGCUGUAUCGAUGAUGUUUAUAUUCUGGGAACGAAGGUGGAUUUGAGCAUCAACCAGAAGGCUUUGGAUGUGCGUCCAGGAUGCCCAAUGAAGUUCUCUUCGCUUUUAUCAUUCCCACCGCAUCAAUUCGGAUAUGUCAGUCAACCUGGAGUGGCUUCAUCAAAUGGACUACAAGUGAAUAUUAAAUUCAAAACAAUUCAAGGUCAUGGUAUUUUAUUCUAUACCGCGAAUAACGAUCAGAGUGGUACAUUUGGAUUAACAAUGGAAGAUGGAGUGUUGGUUUUGAGGAGCUCCAAAGAAGAACUGAACACUGGUAGCAAUCGCUAUAAUGAUGGUGAAUGGCAUGCUGUUACUGCUACACACGAAAAUGACCGUCUCUCGCUGGUUGUUGACGAUAGUGAUCCGUUUGUAUCGGAUGAGGUUCCACCGCCAUUAUAUAUUGCAGAUGGAGAAAUUUACUUUGGUGGAUUACCGAAAAAUUUUGUGACACCAAAAGGAGCUAUCGUUACUCCUGCAUAUUUCUGGGGAUGUCUUCGUGAUGUUACUGUCAAUGGUCAAAUUGUAAACUUUGCCAAUUUGAAAGACAAAAAGUCGGCUGUCCUAGAUCAUUGUUCUAAAGAUUUGUUUGCAGUUAGUACAAGCGAAGUGCCUUUAUACUAUCCAGAUGGUGCGAGCGAACCAGUUCUAUUUACUGGAUCACGAUUCGGAACUGAAGACGCCAAAUCUAAUGCCGACAAGAAAAAUGAAAUCGAUGGUGAUAGUGAAGAGCAACCUAGACCACCGUCUAAGCCGACUGAGACAGACAUUGAAUAUACUACUGAUACAAAAGUUGUUUUCACAACCACGGAGGCAACUACAACAUCUACAACUACACGUCGUCCAAGGCCACCACCAGAAAAACCGGAACCAACAUGCAAAUUGCCUGUUGUUCCAGAUCAAGAUGUCGAUUUUGAUGCAGGUUACCGAUUUGGCACUGGACCGUUUAGUCAUAUUGAAUUCAGUAAAAUACCAAAGGAAAUUAGGAAGCAUUACGAGUUUUCACUAAGUUUCAAGACGGAGUUUUCGGAGGGAGUCCUCUUCUACGCUGCUGAUGCACGGCACACAGAUUUCAUCGCCUUAUAUUUGCGAGACGGUAAAGUCUUCCACUCAUUUAAUUGCGGCUCUGGGUCGUCCAAUAUAAGUUCAGAACGACGAUACGACGAUAACGAAUGGCACACGGUGCUCUUUUCUCGGUAUCAAAACAAGGGUAAAUUGGUAGUCGAUAGCGAGGACGAAGUUCAUGGGGAAUCAGCUGGAAAUACUAGAACUAUGCAAGUGCAGGCUCCAUUCUUUGUUGGUGGAGUAUCCGGAGGUGAACAUUAUGAAGAUGUUGCACUUAAUCUUAAGAUUGAUAAAAACAUCUUGGAGCGAGAUCAGUUUAUUGGAUGUAUUAACGAUAUUCAAGCAUUCAACCGACCUUUAGGAGCACCUUCUAACAUAACACAAACUAUUCCGUGCUCAUCACAAAUUGAAAGCGGAGUAUUCUUUGGAAAGGGAGGCGGUAUCGUCAAACUUCGUGAAAAGUUUAAAGUUGGCACGGAGUUAACCGUUAGUAUGGAUAUUAAACCACGUUCAUCAACCGGUCUACUAAUGUCAGUUCAUGGCAAACGAGCCUUCUUUGUUCUGGAAUUGAUCAACGGAAAUAUUAGUUUAACAGUAAGCAAUGGCGACGAGCCAUUUACGGCUAUGUACGUGCCAGAUCCUAGUGAAAAUUUGUGCGACGGCCAAUGGCGUACAAUAACUGCGAUCAAAUCAUUGUACGUGAUCACUAUUAAGGUCAAUGAUGUUAGUUCUAAUCCGGCCAUUGGUGACGCCCGUUCCGGAUCGACGGAUACCACAAGACCACUGUUCCUGGGUGGACAUCCUCACCUUCAAAGGAUACGAGGUUUAACAGCUCGCGAACCUUUCCAAGGUUGCAUUCGUAAUGUGGUAAUUCGUAAUCAGCAGGAAAAAAUUACUACGAAAAUGAGUGUCGGAAACGUGCAAACCGGCGUUUGCCCAACGAUUUAGGGCCGUAUUCAAUAUAAUGAAACAUUUUUAGACAAAAAGGUUAUCGGAUAUACUGCGAAAAUUACAGGGAUACGAUUUGGAUUGCGAAGAAUUAAUUUUUUUUAUUUGAUGUGGAAGAUUUAAUGUCGAUGAAAAGCUAUAUCAUACGGAAAAUCUUUGUAACAGAGAACAGAUAGCCAAAGACAAUUUUUUAAUGUGCUUGCGUUAUGCAUUCAGCUAAUUUCAACUAUAACUUUUUUUUUUCAAUCGUGUCUCCGGUAAGAUUCAAUAGUUGUUCGAAAUUUCACAGAUAAAUUUCCAUGCCAUUCCUUCUGAAAAUUAGGACACAUUCCUUCACCAAUAAUGGACCUUAUCCUUUACCAAUAAUACAUCUAUAGGAUUUUGAUUGCAUCAUGAAAAUAACUGCUAAUAAUGAUUAUCCGAUAUUCUGAUGAAUAAUGAAAAUGAAAAGAAUGAAAGAAUGAAUAAUGAAUAUUGGAUACGGACAAUGCACCGUAUCGAAGGUGUCGAGAUGCUUUAAGGAGAAAUGCAAUUGUUACUGUUUGUUACAAUUGUUCACGAUGAAUAUGUUUAGCUUAUUUAGCUGAAUUGGAUCUUUGGUUUUUUCUUCGGCUAGGUUGAGUUAUAUUCAUAUUGAUGAAAAUACCGGAAAUUUUAAGCAAUUCUUCGUCGAUCUUUGGUAUUUGUUCUCUUUAUGUUUAUGUGUUUACUCUAUAUGUAUUAGUUUCUUAUUAUUUUGCUUAAAUAGCAUCGAUGUGGCACGACUGCAAAUAUGUUUUUCAAUUAAAUAUUGUUUAUCGGACCGCCAAUGAUAAAAAUAUUCAUGCUGUUAGGCACAUGGUAGCUAGACUUUUUUAUACUGCUAUGCGUUGCAGGGAAAAACACAUUUAAAUUUUAUGUCUUGAAUGGUGGAUGGAUUUACAUAAUUACAACAUUUUGCAAUGUUACGUUGUCCUAAAUCAAGAAUAAGGUCUUGAAUGGAUAUAAACAGAUUUUGCUUUUUCAAGAUUUUAAUACGAAAUGCCCAAUAAAACCAUGCUUUUUUUUGAAAACGAAAGUAUUUUUCUUAAAGAUUUCUAUAAUGGUUUGUCGUAGGAACAUGUUUUGCCUUUCUACUAUAUAAAUAUAUAGUAUAAAGGUAUAGAAAUCACUUGGAA